AACCUUAAUGUGCCAGUGUUAUGGAAAGGUUUACAAAAGCAUUACUGAGACUGUCUAACAAACAAACCUAACAAACAAGCGAUAAUAUCUGAUUUUUGUUGCUGCGCUUUUCUAUAAGCAGAGGUGCAGUUGGUCUGCAGUCAGUGCAGUCAGUCUACACAUAUAAGAACAGCCCACCUCUUUGUCUAGAGAUCACUUUUGCUGGAGCACCAUUCAGUUAGUGCCACUGCAGUGGCCGUGUGCACAAUGGUGAACUUAAACUUGAUAUCAUUUUUACUCUAUACUCUCAGCUGGAUAUCUGUUUCAGUCGCACAGUUUUACACUGUGGCGGUUGAGCCUGGACAAGAAAUCACACUGCAGUGCUCCAACUUCAGCAGUUUUGCAACCCACAUAUUCUGGUUCAGACUGGCCGACAGACUCAAUGCCAGUCGCAUCUCUUUUAUGUCGACUGCUAAUAGUCGUGUUACCUUCCGUGACGGAUUUCAAUAUACUAAAUUUAACAUGACAUCCAACACCUCUGUGGUAUUUCUCGAAAUCAAACAAGUGGAUCCAUCUGACUCUGGGUUAUAUUUCUGUGGAGAGUUGCACAUGGGACGGCCAAGUGUUUUCACUGCAACAUAUUUGAAGGUUCAAGUUGAAGUUCUUUUAGAAGAUGGAUUAACCAAUCUAUCAACUGUGAUCCUCGGCAGUUUAACUGUUUUUCUUCUACUGGUCAUUAUUGGUCUGGUUGUUAGCAUCAGGAAACUUCAUACAGCUCAUGACGAGAUGCAGAAUUUGCCACACAGUGAGAAUGCAGAGUCUGAUGCCAUGAACUAUGCAGCACUGAGCUUCCAUACCAGAACAAACAUGAGAAGCCCUGCACCACAGAGGGAGCUGGAGUCAAAUGUUUUAUACGCUGCUACGAGAUUCACAAAAUAACAGGAACACCAACCCAAAGUGAAAGCUAUCAUAUUUAUCUACUUGUGAUGUUCUGUACAGUUGGUGUAUGUAAAUCUUUACAACCACCUUGAAGAAAAAACACUUUUUAUAAUAAAGAUUUAUACAAAAAUGUGCAGUAACUGCUAAUAAUUUCUCACUUUCUAGCUAUCUCUCCGUCUCCCACCACAGCUGCUAUGACUUUAUCUGAG